GCUGCCAGCAGUACGUCUGUAAAACAAAAUUUGCCAAAUCUCAUAAAUGCUUGCCUGCCUGCCUUUCACAUAUAUUCCCAUAAAAAAAAAAAAAAUUAAAAUUAAAAUUCACUUCUUCCUUUCUUCAAUCCGCCAUUGAAAAACAGCUCAGGAGAAUAUAGGAAUCUUUCAUUUCCAGCGUUUCUCUCAGGCUAUUCUUUUAACUUUUCCCCUUCUUCUUCUUCUUAUUCUCUCUCCUUUUUGUUACAAAAUAUUUUAUUAGUAUUAUUGAAAGGGUGGGGGUGGGGUGGAGUGGGGUGGGGUGUGAGUGAGUCUGUAGUGGUUUUGUGGUAAGAAUGUGAAGAGUUUGGGGGGAAAUUUGCCGCAGGAUUUCAAGGGGAGAUUAGAUAGAGAUGGGCCAUGGCUGAUAGCACUGUAGAAGAAGCAAAAACAUCAAAAAGAAAAGAAAAGAAAAGAACUCAAAAUAUCUUGAAUUUUUUCUUCCAAUUUCAAUUACAAUUUCAAUUCAAUCAAAUCAGAUCCAGAUGUGAGAGAAUCUCGAAAAAGAAGGAUUGAAAAGCCAAAGAAAAGAUGGGAUCUUUUAGUGGAUUAGGGAUAGGUUUAAGCUUUCUGUUUGGAUGCAUCUUGAUGGGGCUAGUUGCAGAGCUUUACUAUCUGCUAUGGUGGAAGAAGAGAGUUGCUUACAGUAGCAGUAGCAGGGCCAUGGAGGAUCUAUCAUUUUUCCUCUGCUGGAAAAGGCCUCAGACUCAGAGCUCAUUCAACAGUGCCAGCAGCAGCAUGGAGCUAACAGGAGACACAGGAACAGCUCCACAGGAGGAUUUGGAGAUGGGAAGAAGGAGAAACAAAGAAAUGAUGAAGAUGGAAAUGGAGGGCUCGAAAGGGGGUUUGGGAUUAGGGUUAGGGUUAGGGCAUGAAGAAGAAGGGUCAAUGGACACUGAAUUGAUGAGAUUGCACAAUUUGAGAGGACCUCCAAGAUUCCUCUUCACAAUCAAGGAGGAAAACAAGGAAGAUUUGGAUUCUGAAGAUGGAAACAAUAACAGAUCAAGAAAAGGGUCAAGAACCAGCAGGAGCUUGAGUGACCUGGUUUUUGGUGUUAAUGAAGAUGAAGAUGAAGAUGAUAAUGGGACACCUUUUCUCACUCCUCUGCCAUCUCCCACAGUCAAGGCUCCAUUCUUGGACUGCUACAGCCAUGGCAGUCAUGGCUCAUUCAAUCCACUCUUUGAAUCAUCAUCAUCAUCAUCAUCAUCAUCAUUGUCAUCAUCAUUGUCAUCAUCAGCCAUGUCUGAGGCUGAGAUCAACAGGCUGAGAUCCUCACCCCCUCCAAAGUUCAAGUUCUUGAGAGAUGCUGAGGAGAAAUUGAUCAAGAGGUUGUUGAUGGUGGAAGCUCAGAAGAAAAGGGUAAUUGAUGGGGUCAAUCUUCAAGUUCAAGAUUCCUCCACCAUUAAAGAAGAUCACAAGGAUGCCCCCCUCCCACCCCCACCCCCACCCCCACCCUCCUUGUUUAAAGUACUUCCAUUGGAUUCUUCUCCAAUAUUGCAAGAAACACAAAGGGUCUUCAUCAAUUAGUACUAUUGCUCUUCUCAUCUCCUGUUCUUGUUUCUUCUUACAUAUAUAGCCCUUUCCCUUCCACCAUUUUUUUUUUUUUUUAUGUUCGUCAAGCCGGAGAUAUAAUAAUUCAGUUCAUUGAAUUCUAGGCAUUUUUUUUAACCUCAUAAUAUAAUGUAUCUAUGUAUUUAGAGAUAGAGGAAACGAAUUCCAUUCAUGUCA